AUUUAUUGAUAUUUUUAUCUUUCAUAAAUAACUUGAUUGUCAUUAAUUUAAUUCAAUUUUGACUCUAUAGCCAUCAGAGACAUUUAUUUUGACAACAUUCGAUCAUACAAUAUGCAAAAGAAAACACUAGCCGACCGUAUUAUAAGAAUAAGACAAGACAAUCCAUCAAGUAUAUCUACUCCAGCUUCGAAUUCAACGUCAAGUUCAGAUGUACGAAAUCUUAAUUCGGCUUCAACCAAAGGAACUAGUACUGUGUCAUCGUUAGAAGAUGUUAUUAAUUACAGAAUGAAAAAGAGAAAAAAAGAAACAAAACAAAAUUCACAGAUCAAUUACGAUACAGAAACGGUACCAAGUACCACUUCUUAUAAAGAAAAUUUUACACCGACCACAGAAGCUACAAUAGAAAGCGAUUCACAAAGCCUUAUAACUAUACGCAAAAGAAAACAGACCAUGAGAACUUUUUCUACCCAAUAUAGUCCUAGAAGUCGUAUUGUAUAUGGGGAUUCUAAUAGUGCAGAAAACAGACGAAGGCCAUCAUCUCUAACCAAACCUUUGGCAGAUGUUAUAAAAGAAUUAGGAUCAAAGAAAAGCGUAUGCGAUAUUUCAAAUUCAAGUAGAUCACGAGAAAAUACAAUAAAUAAAGAAGAACUGAGACGUAACGACAAUGUUUCCAUUGAGGAUAAUUAUCCUGGAUGCAAUCAAGUACAAAGAGAAACAAAUGAAGGAAAUUCUUCAAAGCAGAACACUGCACCAGGCUCUAGUAAUUCAAAAGAUGACGAAACAGUUAAACACAUAACAAAAGUUACAAUAACACCUAAAAAGACUCGGAAUCUUCUUUCAAUUGUUGAGGGAUCACAACAUGACGAACUAGUUAAUGAGGAUACAGAAAUCACAAGUAGUACAAGUCAGGAAGACGAAAUUUUGAAUGUAAAUAUUGAAAUACCUGUAAACAACGACGAAAAGCCUAUUGUUUUACCUGUCAUUGAUGAAGAUAUGGAACAUACGUCGACUAUGCAUAACUCAAGCGAGGAAAAUAAUAAUCCCGAUGAAGCGAACGAUAUUCCACAUUUUAAUAAAAACGAAAUUACUAUGUCUGAUAACAAAGUAGAAAAUGGUAGUAGUAAAAGAGAAGAAGAUGUCAGAAAAAGUGACAUUAUUGAGGAAGACAAGUCAAUCGGAGAAAAACUACGAGUAGAAACAGAGAGAGAAUUUGAUGAAAAUCAAGAAGAAAAACAACAAUUGUGUUCGGAUAAUAUAGGAGAAGUAAAAAGCAAGCAAGGUAAUAUCUCAAAAACAGAAACUGGAGGGAAAGACAAACAAGUGCAAGGCAAACCUAAGUCUGAAUUAUCUGGAUUAAAAAAAGGAUCAGAGAAGACAGGGUAUGAUCAUAAAAGCCAGAAAAUUCCGACGAAAGAAGAAAACCUUAAAGAUACAUCUAAACACAGCAGGUCUAACUUAAAAAUGAAGAAACCAGAGAAGAAUAGUUCACACAAGAGAACCGAGAUUUCUAAAACAGAUAACCAUGACAGACGCACCAGUGUAGUUUCAAAAAGAGGAUCUGUGUCAAAGAUGAGUUUGAAACAAGGUCCUGCAAAUGGUUUACAAGAAGCCAAAGAUCAAGAAAAGGAUAAAAAGAAAAAAAACGAAGAUUUUGAACUUUUAAUGCAGACUUAUAUUAAAAACGUGCAAGAAGAGCAAUUAUUCAGUGAACAAGUCAUUGGAGCUAUUUCUAAAUGGAAAGAAUCUACUGAACUUGAGGAAAGUAGAAAGUCUUAUUCAGAAGCAAUGAAACCAACAAAAGAAACUUCUGCUGAUUUGGAUUUUGUUCAAAGCAAAAACUCCAUGUCAACAGGAACAAGGUCGAAUCGAAAACAUAAAAAACAUGAAUCGAAUGUUGAACUACCAGACGGUGUUAUAAAUCAAUGUCAAGACGAUAAUUCCAAAAAUAACAUUCCAGAAAAGAAUGAUCGCAAGGAGUCCGAAAACUUCGCACAAUCUUCGGCAACAAAACACAACAAAAUAGAUUCCUUUGAAAGACAAAUCAGCGUCACUCAAGAAAGCAAUAACGAUGAUAAGGGAUUAACAAAUAACAGCAAGACUCGGAGAGAAAACUCAGCCGAUGUUGGUGAUGUAAAAGAUGAUAGACACUUUUGUAAUCCAACUCAAAAUUUAUUAAAAGAAAAUCUUUCAGAAGCCAAUGCUGAAGAAAAAAGUCAAAUGACGGUUAAGGUCGCACGUGAAAGCGAAAAUAAUCAUAUCGAAGAGCAAUCAACUGCUAAACAAGAUACCAAAGAUCGUCAGAUCGGUUGUAAUACCAAUGAAGAUGAUACGAAUAAUAAUGAUGAUAUAGGAGGAGAUAACAAUGACACAAAUUUGAUUCAUACAGAUGGUGAUCUUAACAUCCAACAACCAGUUUUUAAUGACGACACCGAAGAGUCUGAUAGUAUGCAUAAUGGUAAAGACUCUUGUACCGUAAAGAAAGAGACAUUAAAUAGUUCCAAAAUUUCGACAGAAUUUGUAUUAGAAAGCGAAACAGAAAAUACUCGAAAAAAUUCGAAUGAAAACAUGGACGAACAUAUCGUUAAAGAUAAUACCGAUAUUUCUAAAACAGACAUCAAUUCAUUAACAACUAAUGAAAUGAAUAAGCAUAAUUCAGAAGGAACGAAUCAACAGUCGUCAAAUCAUUUGAACGAGACAAAAACUGUAAAUUCUAAAUGCAUAAGUAUGAGUGAUGAAAACGAUUUCGAUACUACUUCAGAAAAUAAUAGCACAGCCAACCAGACGGGGCAACAGGAAAAUGUGAGAAUUACAGACAAAAGAAACUAUAUCAGUCUCGGAGAGGGCGAAGACAUCAUAGCAUCAAAUGGCAUAUAUCCGUUAGAACGUUGCACUCCAGGGCCAACAUUUGAAACAAAAGUCACUGCCAACAAAGCUUUCAAAAAUAUGAAUGACCAACAAAUAUCAUCAAACGUAAAACCUUGGGAUAAAGAUGAACAAGAUCUCCCUCCUCUUUCAAAACUACAACGUCAAUUCACUAGACUUCACCACGUACCUUGUGAAAAUCAUGUGCAUGAUAAAAAAGAAUCAGCUGACUACAAAUUUGGGGAUGGUACUCUCUUUUUUGAAGAGAAUAAGAAACUUCUGCAUACAUCUCGGGUGGAUAAGAUAAUAAUGGAUCUGUAUUUCGCCCAAAAUGCUGACUAUUCAGUGCAUAAAGACAGACUUACAUAUCAGUAUUUCAAUACAAAUGUUGGGUUUGCAAGAUCAUCUACAAAACUGGACGCUUCCAAAGAAUUUAUCUUCGGUAGACAGAACACAACGAUUGACUGUAAAUUUGCUGAAACCUUAAAGAGGAUUGAUUUGAAUAAAACAAGGGAAAAUUCCUUUUUCCUCCCAUCUCCUAGAAAUCAGUGUAGAAAAGUAAAAGCUUACGCAAAUCUUCAGAAGAAACUUUCAUAUGUUUUGAAACAAUAAUAUCAUCGGUUACGUGUCAAAGUAUUUAUAACAAUGAAAUAUGAAUUAUGAAAUGAUAUGUUUAAUUUACAGUUCAAGCGAGUGUAAGAUUACAUAUCUGUGAAAUUGAAUGUGUAUGUAUGCAUCAAUGCAGUUUUGAUACUCUCAAUAGUUUAAAUUUUCGAUAAUUCUAAUUAUUCCUUUCAUUUACAUGUUGAUAUUAAAAACAAGUUUGAUGUUUUUCUUUAGGAAUACAGCACAAUUACGGCGCGUAAAUCUUCUGCAUACAUCUCGGGUGGAUAACAUAAUAAUGGAUCUGUAUUUCGCCCAAAAAAGCUGACUAUUCAGUGGUGCAUAAAGACAGACUUACAUAUCAGUAUUUCAAUACAAAUGUUGGGUUUGCAAGAUCAUCUACAAAACUGGACGCUUCCAAAGAAUUUAUCUUCGGUAGACAGAACACUACGAUUGACUGUAAAUUUGCUGAAACCUUAAAGAGGAUUGAUUUGAAUAAAACAAGGGAAAAUUCCUUUUUCCUCCCAUCUCCUAGAAAUCAGUGUAGAAAAGUAAAAGCUUACGCAAAUCUUCAGAAGAAACUUUCAUAUGUUUUGAAACAAUAAUAUUAUUGGUUACGUGUCAAAGUAUUUAAAACAAUGAAAUAUGAAAUUGAUAUGUUUAAUUUCCAGUUCAAGCCAGUAUAAGAUUACAUAUCUGUGAAAUUGAAUGUUUAUGAAUGCAUCAAUGCAGUUUUGAUACUCUCAAUAGUUUAAAUUUUCGAUAGUUCUAAUUAUUUCUUUAAUUUGCAUGUUCAUAUUAAAACCAGAUUGAUGUUUUUUCUUUAGAAAUACAGCACAAUUACGGCGCGUCAAACUUUUGCAUAUAUCUCGUAUGAAUUAAAUAAUUAUAGAUCUGUAUUUCGCCAAAAGAUGUUGACUAUUCGGUGCAUAAAAACAGACUUACAUAUCAGUAUUUUAAUACAAAUCGUGG